CACGGUCACUCCUCCAUCAAAAAACAACAAAAUCGUAAACAAAGCAUGUCAGUUCGUCAAUUUUCGCCCGGCAUAUGAUUUGUUUUUCCACAUUUUAAUUAAUUUAUCCAAAAGUCACAAAUAAUCAAAAUGGGUUUCCUAACUGUUCUCAAAAAAAUGCGUCAAAAGGAAAAAGAAAUGCGCAUCCUUUUGCUUGGAUUGGAUAAUGCUGGAAAAACAACAAUUCUCAAGCGUUUCAAUGGCGAACCAAUCGAUACCAUUUCCCCAACUCUGGGUUUCAACAUCAAGAGCUUAGAACACAAUGGUUACACCUUGAAUAUGUGGGAUGUGGGUGGUCAGAAGUCCCUGCGGUCUUAUUGGAGGAACUACUUCGAAUGUACCGAUGGAUUAGUGUGGGUUGUCGAUAGUGCCGAUCGAAUGCGUCUCCAAACUUGCAAAUCAGAGCUAGAAGUUCUGUUGCAGGAGGAAAGACUUGCAGGUGCUACUCUACUCGUCUUGGCCAACAAACAGGAUCUCCCAGGAGCACUAUCGUCACAGGAAAUAAAAGAAAUUCUGGAGUUGGAAAACAUCACAACCCAUCAUUGGCUUGUGCUGGGAGUCAGCGCUGUGACCGGGGAGAAACUCCUCACUGCAGUCGAUUGGCUCAUUGCUGACAUCGCUAAAAGAAUCUUCACUUUAGAUUAGAAUAAAUAAAGAAUAGAUUGGAUAGGAAACUCUUGAAAUAUAAACAUUAAAAACCCGUUUUAAAAACAAACAAAA